UCAGUGCUGGAUUAGUAGGCAUUGAGUUCAGCAACACCUUUUUUUUUUUUGGUAGCUUUUCAAACGAUUGAAGUUUGAAUUAAAAGUAAUUAAAAUGAACGGCGCUACAUUGGUAGCCAUUGCCGCCACGAUCGGCAAUUUUUUGCAGGGUUGGGAUAAUGCCACAAUUGCAGGAGCUGUUGUUUACAUUAAAAGAGAGCUCGAAUUGACGGCGGCAGUAGAAGGGCUUAUAGUGGCAAUGUCGCUCAUCGGAGCUACAGUGAUCACCACUUGCUCGGGGACAAUCUCCGAUUCGGUUGGGCGAAGGCCGAUGCUUAUUGUUUCGUCAAUGUUUUAUUUCCUAAGUGGAAUUAUAAUGUUGUGGUCUCCUAAUGUGUAUGUAUUGCUUCUGGCAAGGCUUUUAGAUGGAUUCGGAAUCGGGCUUGCUGUUACGCUAGUUCCUCUUUACAUUUCCGAGACUGCACCCUCGGAGAUUCGAGGGCAGUUAAAUACUCUCCCACAGUUCCUUGGUUCCGGUGGAAUGUUUUUGGCGUACUGUAUGGUUUUCUCGAUGUCGCUAUUGCCCUCGCCUAGCUGGCGAUUGAUGCUUGGAGUUCUUUCGAUUCCUUCACUUUUGUAUUUUGCGUUCACUGUGUUUUAUUUGCCUGAAUCUCCGAGGUGGCUAGUGAGUAAAGGGAGGAUGGUUGAGGCGAGACGAGUUUUGCAGAAACUGCGUGGGAGGGAAGAUGUUUCUGGUGAAAUGGCUUUAUUGGUCGAAGGUUUAGCAGUUGGUGGUGAAGCUUCCUUAGAAGAGUACAUCAUAGGUCCAGCAGAUGAAUCAAGCAAGGAUCAAAACCCAACUGAUGAAGAAGACACUAUCAAGUUAUACGGGCCUGAAGCGGGCCACUCAUGGAUCGCAAAGCCCGCCACCGAGCAGAGCCGUACAGGCCUUAUCUCUCGCCACGGGAGCGUGGCGAACCAGAGCGUACCCCUAAUGGACCCGCUCGUGACUCUCUUCGGAAGCGUCCACGAGAAGCUUCCCGAAACAUCCGGAAGCAUGCGAAGCAUGCUCUUCGGGAAUUUCGGAAGCAUGCUCAGCACUGCAGAGGCGAACGUGAAGCACGAGGAGUGGGAUGAAGAGAGCUUGCACAGAGGAGAAGACGAGGGCUACACGUCGGAGGAUGCGGGCCCAGACGAGGAGGACAAUUUGCGGAGCCCGCUGAUGUCACGGCAAGCUACAGAAACGGGCCAUCAUGAGAGCUUGUCGGAGAUGAGGCGGCAUAGUAGUCUUAUGCAUGGUGGUGAAGCGAUGGGGAUUGGUGGGGGUUGGCAGAUGGCGGUGAAGUGGUCUGAGAAAGACGGAGAAGGUGGUUUUAAGAGGGUUUAUUUGCACCAAGAGGGUCCGGCUGUUUCUAGACGUGGGUCCCUCAUUUCUGUCACUGGCGGCGGUGGUGGUGAUGGUGAUGGUGGCUAUGAGCAUAAUCAUACGACGGCUCUAGUGAACCAGCAGGCGAAGGAAACUAGUGGGGCCACGGAUACUUCUGGAAAUGUGUCCGUUUUGAGUGCGCUUCUUGAACCGGGAGUUAAACGGGCUUUGAUUGUUGGGAUCGGGCUCCAAAUACUGCAGCAGUUUUCUGGUAUCAACGGUGUACUGUACUAUACUCCUCAAAUUCUUCAGCAGGCAGGUGUGGGAGUUCUUCUGGCUAACCUUGGCCUUGGAGCAGAUUCUUCGUCUUUCCUCGUUAGCACGUUGACCAACUUUUUGAUGCUUCCUUGUAUUACUGUUGCUAUGAGGUUCAUGGAUAUAGCUGGUAGAAGGUCACUGUUGCUAACAACGAUACCAGUUUUGAUUCUAUCACUCAUCGCACUCGUGAUCGGAAAUGUUUUCGAUUUCGGGACUGUGGCCCACGCAGUAAUCUCCACCGUCUGUGUCAUAGUCUACUUCUGCACAUUCGUGAUGGGUUACGGUCCAAUUCCAAACAUCCUCUGCUCGGAAAUUUUCCCAACGAGAGUGCGCGGAAUAUGCAUCGCUAUAUGCGCGUUAGUUUUCUGGAUAUGUGAUGUCAUCGUUACUUACUCACUUCCCGUUAUGCUGAGCUCGAUCGGCUUAGCUGGCGUUUUCGGUAUUUACGCUGUUGUUUGUGUUAUCUCGUGGGUAUUCAUUUUCUUGAGGGUCCCGGAAACUAAGGGCAUGCCUUUGGAAGUUAUUACCGAGUUUUUCGCCGUUGGAGCCAAACAAGGUGCUAAAAGUGAGUGAGUGAUUGAUGGUGUUGUUAUCUUCACAGGGCUUUUUUUGCAAUGUAAUUCCAAAAAUUUCAAUAUUUUUUUUUUCAAAGAUUACAUCUGUAAUAUUACAUUCGAUUUUGGAACAAUUUUUUUUUUCUUUGUUGAAAUUUUAAAUGCUAAUUUCGACAUGAU